AUGGCGUGGUGCUGGUGUCGCUGGCGUCGCUGGCGUCGCUGGUGUCGCUGGCGUCGAGUGUUACUCUGUGUGUGCACACCAUGCAUCUCCCUGGCCCUGCUGUUGGUCUAUAUCAUGUUGUUUCUGGCCAUGCAUAGCUUAUCAGCAGUCUACAACCAGGAAAAUGUUCACUUUGUGGCCUCAGGAACUUUGAGGAACGAGAGCUUUGCUAAAACUUUCUGGAAUCUCAAUAUGCAUGGGGACGCCAUUUGGAACCACCUGCAGUUGACCAUUGACCGCCAGUUCAACCCCAUCCUGCGGCCCAAAAACAUCACAAGAGGAUUUGAAGAUGGUACUUUUUAUGAGCAAGGUUUCUCUGAAGUUACUGACGUGAAGAGAAAGGUUUCCCAGCUACCACAGCAGAUGCAAGAGUUUGUGAGCUCCAUGCAAAAGAGAGACUACGCAACUGUCCUCCAGCCAGAUGGAGCAUGUGGAGCUGGGGCAGAGCAGGAGAAGGAGCCCCCUCUCCUUCUCAUGGCCAUCAAGUCAACAGAAUCUCAUUUUAAGAACCGCCAAGCAAUUCGACAGACAUGGGGUCGGGCAGGAUGGGUAGCCGGACAGAAGUGGAACAGCAGGGAUGGAGGAUACGUCCGAAGGGUGUUUCUGCUCGGCAAAGAAGAUACUGAAGAGCUGGGUGUGGAUUCAUCUGAGUUCCUGCAGAUGGAGAGUAAACGUUAUGGAGACAUUCUGCAGUGGGACUUCAGGGACAUAUUUUUCAACCUCACUUUAAAAGAUGUGCUCUUCUGGAGCUGGUUCUCCCGCUCGUGCAGUCGGACUCGCUUCGUCUUUAAAGGGGAUGACGACGUCUUCGUUAACACCCCGGUAAUGCUGACCUACCUCAAGGACCAGCUCAAGAAGCCACAAGCACACAAGACCAUGGAAGACUUUAUGGUUGGAGAUGUCAUAGCUGCUGCCUCUCCCAAAAGAGACAACAAGUCCAAGUACUUUAUCCCAGACAGCUUCUACAAGGGCUUGUACCCUAUGUACGCAGGCGGUGGAGGGGUGGUGUACUCCGGUCUGUUGGCCAAACGCCUACACAACAUGUCUAAAAGGGUUAACCUGUUCCCCAUCGACGACGUUUAUGUGGGGAUGUGUAUGUUUUGGCUUAACACUCACCCAGUCCACCACCCUGCCUUCCUCACGUUUGACUUUCCCAUCAAGGAAGAGGUAGAGCUGUGUUCGUAUCACACCAUCCUGUUGGUCCACAAACGAAGCCCUCACCAGGUAGUUCAACUGUGGGCCAACAUGAAAAAGACAAAGGCACAGUGUUGGGAUGUCCCCCUGAGAGAGACAGACAAGAAGAAAACUCAACUUUAA